GGGAGUAGGCGGACCGACUGAUUGACCCGACGCGCAGGUGAGCGCCUCCUCUUACCUGCCCGGGGGUCACGCAUCGGGAAGACGCGCCUCCUGCGGGCGAACAUCGACGCUACUCGGCCGGCGGCGACUCCGCGGAGAGGCCGCCGUGGGACGGAGCAAAAGCAAGAAAGGAUUAGAUCAAAGCUGAAGGGGGAGGCGCUGCUGGUGGCUCCCCCAGGAGGAAGGGGGGAGGAGGAGGUAUGCCGGGUCAGAUAGGUACGGGACGGUCCAGGCUGGACUGGAAGUAAUGCCCUCGGACCUCGGACGGGACCCCAAGGGAACAUGAAGGACACCGGAGAGUCCAAGGAGCAGCAACUGACUGUGGCCCUGAGGAUCCGCCCCCUCGGCGACGGCGAGCAGGAGGAGGCGGCAACCAUCGUGGCCCACAGGCUGGAUGAGCAGAUGGUGGUCCUGAUGGACCCUCUGGAGGAUCCGGAUGACGUCCUGCGGGCCAACCGCUCCAGGGAGAAGACCUACGUGUUUGACGUGGCCUUCGACUAUUUGGCCAGUCAGGAGGAGGUGUACCGGGCCACCACCAAAGGCCUGAUUGAGGGUCUCAUAUCAGGCUACAAUGCCACCGUCUUUGCCUACGGACCAACAGGUUGUGGAAAGACCUACACCAUGCUGGGCACCGACAAGGAGCCUGGCAUCUACGUUCGCACCUUGAACGACCUCUUCAGGGCCAUCGAGGAGACCAGUGAUGACAUGAUGUACAGUGUUUCCAUGUCCUAUCUGGAGAUCUACAACGAGAUGAUCCGUGACCUGCUGAACCCGUCCUCGGGUUUCCUGGACCUCAGAGAGGACGCCAAAGGAGUGAUUCAGGUGGCGGGCAUUACGGAGGUGUCCACCGUCAAUGCCCAAGAGAUAAUGGAGCUACUGAUGAAGGGCAACAAGCAACGCACGCAGGAGCCCACCGCCGCCAAUCAGACGUCUUCGCGCUCUCACGCUGUGCUGCAGGUGGCCGUCAAGCAGCAGAGCCGCUGUCGGGACGUCCUGCAGGAAGUCCGCUUCGCACGCCUCUUCAUGAUCGACCUGGCCGGCUCAGAGCGAGCAGCACAGACCCAGAAUCGGGGUCAAAGGUUAAAAGAGGGGGCCCACAUCAACCGUUCCCUCCUGGCCUUGGGGAACUGCAUCAAUGCGCUGAGCGACAAGAACAGCAACAAGUACGUCAACUACCGGGACAGCAAGCUGACAAGACUCCUGAAGGAUUCCCUGGGCGGGAACAGCCGAACCAUCAUGAUAGCCCACAUAAGCCCCGCCUCCGUCGCCUUUGAGGAGUCCCGCAACACACUGGCAUAUGCGCACCGUGCCAAAAGCAUUCGCACACGGGUGAAAAAGAACCUGAUAAAUGUGUCAUACCAUAUCGCUCAGUACACUAACAUCAUCUCGGAUCUUCGUUGUGAGAUCGAACGGCUGAAGAAGAAGAUCACCGACCAAGCAGGCCGCCAGCACGGCCCCGACAGGGCCGACAUCCGCCACGUGCAGGCGGAGGUCCAAGCCCACUCCUGCAAGCAGAGCCGGGCCGACAUGGACCAGCUAAGGGAGCAGCUCCUGGACGGUUUCCGACAGCAGAUGGAGAUCCGCAGGAACCUGAUGGAGCUGGAGAAUAAUAACAUGGAGAUCCAAAUUGACACGUCUAAACAGCUGCUCGCCAUCGCAGACUGGGAGCAUGAACGCAGCUGCAGAAGGAGGAAGUGGCGAGCGGAAAAGCAAAAGGAAAGUAUGAGUAAGGAUGACAGCGACAAGGACUCGGAUUCCCCGGACUCCCCACCAGACACCAACGAGACGGAGGAGGUUGUGUUGGCCAGAGAGAACCUGGUGGCCCUCAUGGCAGAGCAGAAGAAGCUCCAUAAGCAGAAGGUCUUGAUUGGUCUUCAGAAGAUCUACUUUGACAUGAAUCUGAUGACUUCCUCGCCUUUCUUCCCCUUUAAGGCGCAGCUGGAGCGCAGGUUUCUGGAUCUGCGGGAUCGGGCCCGUCACCUGGAGGAGCUUCUGCCGAGGAGGGUGAGCUCGGAGGAGCAGCGGGAGGUACUGGGUCUCCUGUGCAAGGUGCACGAGCUGGAGAUCGAGAAUGCAGAGAUGCAGUCGCACGCUCUGCUCAAGGACAACGUGAUCCGACAGAAGAACUUUGUGGUGCAGCGUUUUGAGAUGCACCGGCACCUCUGCGACGAAAUCAUACAACAGCAGCGGCAAUUCAUUGACGACCACAGCCUUCUUGUCCCACCCCACCUACAGGAGCUCUAUGAAAUAUACACCAGAGAACUGGACGAGAGGAAGCUGGACCGCGCUGUGGCUUUGGACAAGGUGACCACCAGGCACACCAUGAAGGGCGGCUCGCUCCCCAGGAUCGCCGUGCUCGCUCAGGGUCGUGACGCCAUGCAGGACGUGGACUCGGACCCGGAGAGCAUACGCAACGUGUGCGGCAAUGAACGACGAGGACAAGCCAAACUUCGCAGGCACACCUUGCCUCCCAUCCUGCCUGAGCCUGACCAGGACAGCAACAGAGUUUUCAAGAACACCGCUCAGACCCGACACAUGAAGAACUCUGCCGUCAUGACGCCACCCCCCAUCCACAUCAACGCAAAGAGCAGCAGAGAGCCGCUGGGCCCAGUCAGUUCACUGAGCUUCACUCAACUCAGCCACAGCGUCAGCAGCCACCUGGACUCAUCGCCUGAGUGCAGUGAGGCGGGUCCUGAUGCCCCCCUUUCUCAAAAUGAGCGCCAGCAGAUCCUCAAGGGGGUCCACAACAUUUCAGUCAAGGCAGCCCGGCGGCGCUCAAAAGUCCGGGAAGCAGAGGCCUUGCGGUUGCCCCCCGCGUCCUCGCCGAUGGAGCCCCCAAAGCAGAAGAGCGGCCUGUUUUCCAGUGAGCUGCCGGUGCGGCGCGGCAGACAGCCCAGCCCCGAACUCCGACACACCACCUCCGACGACAACCUGUCCAGCAGUACCGGCGAGGGGCUCGGCCUGCAGGUGACCUGGACUCGCCCCCACAAGGCCACCAGCAAGAACCAGACCCCCCGAGAGGCGGACUUUGAGGCACGUCGCAAGAAGAGGCGCUCACGCUCGUUUGAGGUCACCGGGCAAGCACUGCCUCAGUCCAAAGCAACCACAGCUGCGAGGUUCAGACCCCUGGACAGCACAUCAGACCCUCAUCUCCACAUCAACGGUCAGCCCCAGGUGCCCCUUCUGCGCCCCCAUUUAAGAGGAGUCCCGCCUCUUGCCAAAGUGAGAGCCCCGGUUGGCAACCAGCAAGCAGGUCCCACCUCGGAAGCUUUCACGGCGCAGACGAACAACCUGAAGCGAGUUCCCUUCCUGCGGCAACCCCAGCCUCUCCUCCACAUCACCCAGGGGGGCCAGCGUCCACGCAGACACUGACCUUUGACAUUUGACAGACAAAGAAGCCAGGACGUAGAAGUGAUGGUGUCCCCAAAGCCUGUGAGAUGUCCACUUUGUCUGGUUGUCUUUUGUAACAAAAGUAACUGAUUGUUGUGCUCUUCUUUAGACAACAAGAUUAAAGUCAAUGCCUUUUCUCACCAAGUCAACUGAAAAGUUUUAGCUUUUUUUUUUAAUUAUAUUAUUAUUUCAUGGUUGCCUUCAUGUUGUUGGCAUUGUAAUUAUUUAUACUUCCUAUGCUUUAUUUUGUACUUUUUUAUUUCUACUCAAAUAAAUUCAAACCACAAAGUAAGAUGCUUGUUUUUCCUU